AUCUUCUUUGACGACAUCGCCGGGAACAAGCAGGCCAAGGUCGAGUUGAUGGAGGUGGUGGACUUCUUCCGUACGCCCGAGAAGUUCCGGGCUAGCGGGGCUCGGGCGCCCAAGGGCGUGCUGCUGGUGGGCCCCCCGGGUAACGGUAAAACCCUGAUGGCACGUGCCGUGGCGGGGGAGAGCGGCGUGGCGUUCAUCUCCUCCUCCGCGGCUGAGUUCAUCGAGAUGUACAUGGGCCUGGGGGCGGCGCGAGUGAGGGACCUGUUCAACACGGCUCGAUCCGUGGCCCCCUGCAUCAUUUUCAUUGACGAGCUGGAUGCGGUGGGUCGUCAGCGCCAGGGAGGGGGCAGGUCCAAUGACGAGAGGGACAACACCGUCAACCAACUGCUAACUGAAAUGGACGGC